UAAACAGAGGGUGUGCACAUGUUUUUGUUAUUGUAGUUUGUAGCUAACAAGUUUUGAAACGGCUUAUGGACUUAUAUAAAAGGGAAAUAUUGAAGAGUGUAAUGCAUAAGGCUGGAUGAUGACAUUUCACGCCUGUAUUGAGUUGCUUCCGCGGGUUCUUGAUCUUAUUUUAAAUACCGAUGAAUGCUUUCAAGAUGAUACCACGGCUGAGAAAUUGUUGGGUUGGUUUAGGACAUCGUCAGAAACAAAAGAAUAUUAUUUGAAGUUAGUGGAACAGUCAUCACCGGUCAUAAAAUUUAUUUCUGAUUGCGUCAACCAUAAACCAGUAGCAACAAGAACAGCAUUCACACUCAAACUACUAGCCAUCUUGUGCGAGGGCGCUAUCACCAACAAGUUUGACAUUGUCAACUCCAUUGCAUUUUUUCAAUGUAGCCAGAAUGAUGGAAGUCUAUUUAACAAAUCUAUUAAAGAGACAGUUUUAGAUGCUUCGCCGGUGAUAGUAGGUCCUCCGAAUCAUCUUCUACAACUUAACCUUGAGUUUGCACGUGGGGUAUUUUUAUGGGAAAAUGCAUCGGUGCGUUGUGCCUGGUUUGACGCAGUAAGCAAGGCUAGUGCAAUUUCAUCAUUUAAUGUCAUUCUACAGAGUGUUGGAGCGUUUAAUGUAGCAUGGAACUGCCUGAAUGAUUCAUCAAUGUUUGUGAAAUCAGCCGCUGAAGAUUUCCUGGCAGUUGCGAGUCUAGACCAAUUUCGGACUUCCCAUCUGGAUGCUCCAAUCCGAGAGCAAGUUGUGGUGGAUACCACAGAAGCCUCAGUACGUGAAGGUCAUUCAGAUUGCACAAAAGAUGCGGAUAUCGCUUGCCCUCAACGAAAGGAACACUUCAGUUCUGAAAUAUUUCAAAAACUGUUGAUGGUAAUCACCGUCUCCUACCCUGAACCCAGCCGUGAAAUUGAACCAGACGGUAUCAAUGAAAAGUUUCGGCCAAAAUCUGCUAUUGAAAUUAUACGCAAGAUGUUGAAACACGACGCUAGCCUAUGCUUGCUGGCUACUAGUCAGAACCGCAUGGUGGUGCAACUCUGUGCUUUUCUUACAGGUGGUGCAUCAAACAAUACAGCCUUUGAUGUUGUGGACUUGUUAACAGAGCUUAUGUCUUUGUCACCAUUUUCGGAAAGGUUGAGCAUUUGUGAAAUUCUGCAAGAUGUUCCCAAGACGCUGCUUUACCGCCAAAAUGAGGCACUGUCUGCAAGUUAUCUGGCUUCUGCUCUUUGGCGGCUCGAGACUAGAAGCGCCAAGAAGGAAGAGCACUUCAAAUUUGUGAUUUUACCAAUUGUACUGGUGAUACAACAUGAUAAUGACAACAGCGAAGUUUUUGGUCCUAUUGAUGAGGUUUGUCUGCAGGUGUUCGGGGAUGCCUGCCGACAUGGCAAGCCUACUUGCCUGGCAUUGGUGUCUUUAUCGCUCAACUCGAUGCUGGAUUAUGCAAAACAGAUGCCUCUAACCCAUAAAGAGAUGGAGAUUUUUGGUGCUAUACUUGUCAAACUAUUGCAAUGCCUACAAGGAGAGAAUGCAACUAACUCACUUACACAUUCCCUUAUUGGUUCAGCAAAAUUGAGCAAGAAAUGCUUUGAUGUCCUGGCAACUAUUUGCAAGUCACACACUCUUGGAAAAGCAAUACAGAUAUGCACUAAAAAGGAACACCGAAUAAGUGAAAAUAGAAACUAUGAACUUGACGAUAAAAGUUAUGACAUUGACCAAGCCGUUAACGGCACCAGAAUGUUUAGAGCGGUAAAAGAACUUUAUAGAAAAAAGUAUGAAAUUCCAAAAGUCGUAGAUGACAGCAGAAAAUUUAUUGGAAACAAUCAGGAAACUGCUAGGGCCAUUGGUAAAUAUUUUAAAAGUAAAUUCUUCAACAUAAAUGGUCCGAUCAUCGCCCAUCUAAAUGGGAUUAUUAAUGAAGACGAACUUCGGAUAAUAAGAUUUUUUCUAAGCCAAACAUGGCUCAACCUAAAUUUACGAAGGACUUUAGACAACGUAUAUUUUAAUACGAAUACUGGAGUACCACAAGGGGACAGUCUUAGCCCAGUGCUCUUCACAGUGUACCUUGAACACGCGUUAAGAGGAAUUAGGGGGAGAAGUAAUGAUCAUAUUCCAAAUGAGAUCUCGUAUGCGGAUGGUGUCGAUUUCAUCAGCCUAAACGAGAAGGCAAAUGUAGACCUUAUUGGAGUUCACCUAAUUUUGUUUAAUCUCAAAGUGAACAAAGAUAUAACAGAAUACACAGUAAUUAAAAGAAAAGAACCGGUCAAAGAGAACUGGAGACUAACAAAAAAGUUAGGGUGCCUUCUUGGAGACAAAGAAGAUAUCACCAGAAGGAAACAACUUGCUGUGAACGCAAUGAACAAAAAGGCACUCUGGAACAGAAAAGGAAAAAUUAGAUUAAAAACAAGACUGAGGUUGUACAACUCACUAGUGAAACCGGUGCUUUUAUACAAUAGCUAUACAUUGGCCUUAACGAAAGACGAUGAACUAAAGCAAACACUUUCCAUCGUAAGCAACUCCGAAAGAUUAUUGGACUGA